GCAAACUUGCAGGGAAGUUGUCGCGCUGUAAGUGCACGCUUGUUAUUUGAUCUCUACGUCCAAAGGUGGUCUACAUCCAAUAAGACAUUGUGAAUGCAAAGUACGAACAUGUUCAAGUCUGCUUCCCGUAACUCUCAUCUGCUGUUGUUGGAUCAGAAGUGUGCUAAAUGUCUGUUAGAGACGUACGUCAAGCGGAGCCUCAGCCUGAAUGAAGGAUGCGGGAAACAUCAGCUGAAACAACUCAAGAGGGUGAAAAGGGAUGAGCGAGGAAGCCAGGCCAGACGGGCGUCCAGUGACCCCUCCAGACACUGCCUGUCAGCAGACAGGCUUCUGAAGAUCAGCAAGUGCCCAGAUUGCGCAACAUCAGAAUCUGAUUUACUGUGUACGGGCCUGAAGGCACCAAGCAAAGCCAAGAGGCGUUCUCCCUUUAGAGGCUUCCUCAACCUCUUCUCUAAGAAGAAGUCUGCCCUGAAAGUGAACGGAGAAGGAGCUUCAGAAACAGACCGUGGACAGUCUACAGGACGGAGGGUUGACACUUCUUUUGAAAGCUCACCCGGCCACGCUGAUACUCCGAGGAAUCUGAGAAGGAGCUUGUCCCGCACUCGAGAUGUUGAGCAGAGAGAGUCAUUACAAACGGACUCCACUCCAGUUCCUGGUGGCGUUGAAGGGCUUUCAGAUGUGAGUGUGGACUCCAGUAAUACAUACUUUGAGAGGGUUUCAGAGGAAUUGGAGUGGAUUGUGAAUGAGAUCCAGUUUAGUCCGGAAGAUGAUUCUGCUCGACACCGCUCUUCUGCGUGUGUAGAAGAUUGCAGAUCUUUAGGUGAUGACAAUACAGAGAGGAUUAUCAGCUUGCUGAAACAACAUGGAGAUAUUAUUGAUAAAAAAAUCAGCAAGAAUAAGAGUGUCCAGGACUUCCUCCAGAAACUGACGUACAGCUCCUUCCAGCAGCUGGCAGAUCGCUAUAUAGCCCAGAUCCCCAGUCCUCUUCCCGAGACCACAGACGCCUCCCCUGAGCUGGUCAAGCUCGCCUUCACCCUGGACUUCACUGCUAAAGUAGCUGGACUGUGCAGCCAGACGGUCGGUCGAAUCAUGGGGUUUGGUUGUCAAUACCUACAGGAUUCCUUCACACAAAUGUGUGCGGCCCACAGACAGGUGCCUGAAGAUUUGGAAGGACAGAAUACCUGUGAUCCAGACUGACAGCUUAUUACUGUGAAGUCAAAAAUGACAGAUGGUACAAUAGGGUAAACUCUGGG